AUGGAUCAUAUGUCAAAUAACUGCUGUGCAUUUGAGGAAGAUCUGCUCCCCAGAGUCCUGCCCCCACUUCUUCUGCUGGAGUUUGUUCUGGGAGUCUUGGGUAAUGGCGUAGCUCUCUGGAUCUUCUAUUUCCAUGUGAAGCCCUGGAAGAACAGCACUGUCUUCCUGUUCAACCUGGCUCUGGCCGACUUCCUGCUGAAUGUGGCCCUGCCAUUCCGCGCCAUCUACUACCUGAACGGGAAGGACUGGAUCUUUGGAGAUCCUUUCUGCCGUAUCACUCUCUUCAUGUUGGCCAUGAACCGUGGGGGCAGCAUCUUCUUCCUGACUGCUGUGGCGGUGGAUCGUUACCUGCGUGUGGUUCACCCACACCACCCAGUCAACUUCAUGGCUAUCUCCAAAACGGUAUACACAGCCUGUGCCUUGUGGGCCCUCACCAUCUCUCUGACUGCCCAUCUCCUGACCAAGUCCCACCUGUUCAGGGUAGGGAGGUCAACCCAGUGUGACAGUUUUCUAAUCUGCCCCCAUUCCUGGGAAGAGUCUGGGCCAAUGUGGCACAAGUCUGUGUUUGUCUUCUCGUUUUACCUGCCGCUGGCUGUGAUUCUGUUCUGCUCAUUCUGCAUCAUCAUGCGGCUGAGAAAAAGGCAGCUGGACAAACACAGCAAGAUCCAGAGAGCGCUCCGCUUCAUUGUUGUGGUGGUGGUGAUGUUUGUCAUCUGUUUCCUCCCCAGUAACAUCACAAGUCUGGUCAUCUGGGUCAGGACCACAGGUCACAACAAAAACUGUUCUGAGUUCCAAUAUCUGGACACUGCGUUCUACAUCACCAUCAGUCUGACCUAUCUCAACAGCAUGCUGGACCCUGUCGUUUACUACUUCUCCAGCCCAAUCUUCAAGAAGAUCUACAAGAGAGCGGUAAGAAUCACUCUGAGGAAGAAAGAGGAGAGUGGAGCACCGGAAGAUAGGACACGAGACUCUGGCUCUCAGACCCUCAGCCAGCUGUGA